AGUUUACAUUUUUGGUUUAAAUCAAUGAGUGAGCAGCUGAUGAGGAUGUUCCACAGUUCCUGCAUCAUUUUCCUUUUUGAAAUGUUAUAUAGGCUAGCUAGUGUGGGUGUGAAGAUCCUGCAGCCUGCAGGUGGUGUAUCAGGUCAGUUAACUGCUUUUGUGCAAAGUUUGCACGUAGAGAUUAUAACUGGCGACUUUAAUCUAAACUCAAUACUGCAAAAUGAUCCUCUAUGAUCCACUAAAACAAAACAAAUAUUUAAAGAAAGAACGAAAGAUUAAAUGAGUCUUACUACACAUUGCAUUAAUGUUCACGGCCCAUGUGUGCAGCAGGUGAAGUUGCUCUCUGGCUUCAGAUGCAUGGAUGUGUGUUUUUGCAGGGUGAGCUGUGUGAGCUCAGCGAAUCACUGCAGCAGAAUGGAGACGUGAGAAAAACAAGCGCCGUGUUUUCUAAUCUCACACCGCCGCUGUCGAGGAACUUUUUUUGCGCUCUUUUCUCUCCCCCCUUUUACAACUCCCAGCGCACAUUUAACUUUAUUCCCUGCAGGAUGUGUUACCAAAAAACGAUGGCAGUGGCUCCUACAGUUUUGUUCCUGCUGUGCGGUCUGCGCCUCUCCCUGGCAGUUGAUUGGGAGUUUGGGGACACACAGUUUACCUACCUCGGUGAUGCAAUCGACUACAAGGAUCCCUGUAAAGCUGCUGCCUUUUUGGGAGAUAUUGCCCUGGAUGAAGAUGACCUUCUCAUGUUUAAAGAGGUCCACAAUACUGAAGGUGCACGACACACCGUCCUGACAAACCAAACAGACUCAGUUAACAGUUCCACCUCCAAUGAGAGUGUCAGAAGCAAGAGGGCUGCAGACAGACACACACUCCAUCGUUGGAGGAGGGCGGCUACCUCCAGACCUGAGCGAGUUUGGCCAGAUGGCAUUAUACCGUAUAUGAUCAGCGGGAAUUUCAGUGGCAGUCAGCGAGCCAUUUUCCGUCAGGCGAUGCGUCACUGGGAGAGGCACACAUGUGUAACGUUCGUUGAGAGGACGACUGAAGAAAGCUACAUUGUUUUCACCUACAGACCUUGUGGGUGUUGUUCCUACGUGGGGAGGAGAGGUGGCGGCCCUCAGGCCAUCUCUAUCGGAAAGAACUGUGACAAGUUUGGCAUUGUGGUACAUGAACUUGGCCAUGUGAUCGGGUUCUGGCAUGAACACACGCGUCCGGACCGUGACGAGCAUGUAAGCAUCAUCAGAGACAACAUCCAACAAGGACAGGAGUAUAACUUUCUGAAGAUGGAGCCAGGCGAGGUCGACUCACUUGGGGAAGUGUACGACUUUGGCAGCAUCAUGCAUUACGCAAGGAACACUUUUUCCAGAGGCGUCUUCUUAGACACAAUCUUGCCGCGAUAUGAUGUCAAUGGAGCCCGGCCACCUAUUGGACAGAGGACCAGGCUAAGCAAAGGGGACAUUUCACAAGCUCGCAAACUCUACAAAUGCACAAAAUGUGGGGAAAGCCUGCAGGAGAGUGCGGGAAACUUCUCUUCCCCUGGUUUCCCCAACGGUUACUCAGCAUACGCUCACUGUGUGUGGAGGAUCUCCGUCACUCCUGGAGAGAAAAUUGUUCUGAAUUUUACCUCCAUGGACCUCUUCAGGAGUCAUUUGUGCUGGUAUGACCACGUGGAGGUCCGAGAUGGGUUCUGGAGAAAAGCUCCUCUGAAAGGCCGUUUUUGUGGAGACACACUUCCAGAUUCCAUCAUCUCAACUGACAGUCAACUGUGGAUUGAGUUCAGAACCAGCAGCAGCUGGUUGGGAAAAGGCUUUUCAGCGGUCUACGAAGCCAUCUGUGGGGGAGAGGUGAAGCGGGACAGCGGCCAGAUCCAAUCCCCCAAUUAUCCUGAUGACUACCAGUCCAACAAAGUGUGCGUGUGGAAAAUCACAGUAGCAGAAGGUUUCGACGUUGGCCUCUCAUUUCAGUCGUUUGAGACUGAGAGACACGAUAGCUGCGCCUACGACUACGUGGAAGUGAGGGAUGGCAGUACGGAGAACAGCCCACUGCUGGGCCGUUUCUGCGGCUAUGACAAACCAGACGACAUGAAGAGCAGCUCCAACCAGCUCUGGCUGAAGUUUGUAUCUGAUGGAUCAGUGAACAAAGCUGGGUUUGCAGCCAACUUCUUUAAAGAGAUGGAUGAGUGCUCCAGACCGGACAAUGGUCACUGUGAACAGCGCUGUCUCAACACACUGGGCAGCUACAGAUGUGCCUGUGACCCUGGAUAUGAGCUGGCAGCGGACAGACGCAGUUGUGAUACAGCUGCCUGUGGUGGCUUCAUCACCAAGCUGAAUGGGUCCCUCACCACACCCGGGUGGCCCAAAGAAUACCCACCCAAUAAAAACUGUGUGUGGCAGCUGGUGGCACCCAUUCAGUAUCGCAUCACCCUGGUGUUCGAUGUGUUCGAGACUGAAGGCAAUGAUGUGUGUAAGUACGAUUAUGUGGAAGUGCGGAGUGGGUUGAGCUCUGACUCAAAGCUUCAUGGGAAGUUCUGUGGAGCAGAUAAACCUGAGGUCAUCACCUCCCAGCACAACAACAUGAGGAUUGAGUUCAAGUCUGACAACACUGUCUCCAAGAAAGGUUUCAAGGCUCAUUUCUUCUCCGAUAUAGACGAGUGCUCUAAAGAAAAUGGAGGUUGCCAGCAUGAAUGUGUGAACACCUUCGGAAGCUAUAGUUGUCAGUGCCGCAGUGGCUUCAUGCUGCACGAUAAUAAACAUGACUGCAAGGAAGCGGGCUGUGAUCAUGUGGUGAACAGUGUAUCUGGCACAAUCAGUAGCCCAAACUGGCCCGAUAGAUACCCCAGCAAGAAGGCCUGCACCUGGUCCCUGUCCACGACUGCGGGCCACCGAAUCAAACUUGUUUUCAAUGAGAUCGACAUGGAGGCUCAUCUGGAGUGUGCCUACGACAAUCUGGAGAUCAAUGAUGGGCGAGACACCCGUGCACCAAGUCUGGGACGUUUCUGUGGCACAAAGAAGCCUUCUCCAGUCAUCUCCAGUGGCAACAAAAUGUUCCUGCGUUUUUUCUCUGACAACUCAGUGCAAAAGAGAGGCUUUGAGGCUUCAUACAGAGCAGAAUGUGGAGGGAGCCUUAAAGCCGAGGUCAAGACAAAAGACCUUUACUCUCAUGCUCAAUUUGGAGAUAACAACUACCCUGGGGGAUCCGACUGUCUGUGGGUAGUGUCUGCUGAGAAGGGUUACGGAGUGGAGAUCAUCUUCCAAGUGUUUGAGAUUGAGGAGGAGGCAGACUGUGGAUAUGAUUAUGUGGAGCUAUAUGACGGCGCUGACAUCAAGUCUCCAAGGCUGGGGCGAUAUUGUGGAUCUGGGGCUCCAGAGGAGAUUUACUCAGCUGGGGACGCCAUAGUUUUAAAAUUUCACUCGGAUGACAGCAUCAGUAAAAAAGGAUUUCAUGUGCGCUACACAAGCACAAAGUUCCAGGACACAUUACAUGCAAGCAAGUGACUCUCUACACUUACCCCAAAACCUAAAUAGAGACUUCACCCCUAACAUUUGGUCAGUCACACCCAUUUUCCAAAGAAGAGUGAAUGCAUGGAUUGAUACCACAAACACCAACCCACAUACUUUACGUUCACAUCUGUUAGAGAAGAGUGAAGCCAUGCAGAGAAAUCACAUCUUUACCCUUCCUCAGUUUGUAGCUAUAUAGGAUGAAAGGCAAGGACUAGUUUGAAUUGAUUAUUUUGAGUACCGCCUGUAACAAGCCGAUUACAUCACAGCAACAUGUGAAGAUAUAAAAUGUAUAUAUUGUGAUAUAGUUUGCCUUGUUUUUUUAAUCAUGACAUCCACUGUGUCACUUUUUACUGUCUGAGGAUGAAAGUUCGAUCACUUUGAAUGAAUGUAAUGCACUUUGUUGUAUUAUAUUACUUGACAAAUGGUUAUGGGUUUGGUAGAUAGAAAAACUCAGUUCGUUAAAUCAGACCUGAUCUGUUAUUUAAUCAUUUUUUCUGGCCUGCCUUUGCUUUACUUUUAUUUUUAGUGCACUAACAUUCUCUCAAACUGUGUUUCUGUGCAUCAUAUUAUCUUGCAACAGCAGUACACAAUGAUAACAGAAGAAAUUACCACCACAUAUGUUGCCUUUACACCUCAGAUGACAUGAUAGACCUUAAGGGGUAAGGCUGGUGAUUCAUAUUUUUCUUAUUGUCAACAAAUCUCAUGUGCAGACCCAAAAAAACUAUGAAUGAUGUGUUUUUAAUAGUUUUUAGACAACAACGGAGGUCUACAGAGGAAUAAGGCAUAUCAGACAUUGGAUACAUACAUUGUAAGUAGGAUCAGUUCAUUGUUGGUUUGGCUCUGCACAUGAGAUUGGUUGAUAAUAACAAACAUAUUAAAAAUCGCCAGCUGCAUGAUUUAAUGUGUUAUAGUGAUGUAAGGAAUACCACAGGGUGUUUCAGUGCACUGUGAAAUCACUGUGGGGUUUGGCUUCGGUCCCUAAUACACUGAUCAGUGAUGCUGGUUAGAAAAUGAACUUAACACACAGAUUUUCAGCCCAGUUUUAAAGGAGCCUUGUGGAGAUUUCAUGGAAACAAACAAAGUUAUGUUUACAUUCAGUGUUGCUCACAAAAAUGUUGUAACGUUUUCCUUGAAAAACCUAUUAAACAAACAAACCUGUUAAAUGCAUUUUUCCCCCUCAUAAAACAUUUGUAUUUUGAAUAUUUAAAAUCAUGCAUUACAUUACAUUCACGUUUGCUAGCUUGCAGUCUUCUUCAUUGUCUUUGUUGGUGCAUUGUUUCCACCACCAACUGGCAACUAGUGGAAUAGCAUAAAACCAAUGUUUGUCCUCCAUUUACUUGCACAAUACAAGCAAAAUGGGGAAAAAAGCAUCGCUCCAUAUCACUACUGAUGGUCAAAAACUCCACAGGGUACCUUUUAUGUUACUCUUAAAUAACAAAUAGCACUUCAGCCUCUACAGUUUGUUAUCAAUUGACGAGGAUGUACUAUUUAUUGUCAUGCCAGAAUGAGCACACGUUGGAAAAACAAUUUUCACAAAGUACUUUUAUUAAAAUAUUACCCAUCUAAUUAUGUGUGAUAUUGGGUGCCACUUCACAUUCAUCAGCCUUUGGAUCAACCAGGGUAAACAAAUGGUACACUCAGUGUAUCUAGCACCACAAGUUCAAAACACAUGUACAAAAUUAUAUUUUAAAAAGGGGCAUAUAAAAAAGAGGUUUUACAUAAGUCUUUUUUCCUUUUCUGCUUCCAACACCAAUCAAAAGAUGUAUAUUUCCCAAAGUCCCUAAAUUCACCAAACACAUCAUUAUAUGACACAACACGUUUUUUUACAUUUUUUUCAACAUCAAUAAAUCACAGUAUUGAGUGAUUAAAAUGCUCUAUUGAAUGUAUUAGUGUAUCAUGCACAAGAAAGAUAAUUAACUGAAAUAGCACAUUAAAUUCAUCUCACAACUGC